AUGAGCUACUACGGCAGCUAUUACGGAGGCCUGGGCUAUGGCUAUGGAGGCUUCGGGGGCCUGGGCUAUGGCUAUGGAAGCUAUGGCUGUGGAUGUAACAGCAUCCGCAGACUGGGCUGUGGCUGUGGUUAUGGAGGCUACGGAUAUGGUUCUGGAUAUGGAGGCUAUGGAUAUGGCUCCGGCUUUGGAGGCUACAGAUACGGCUGCUGCCGCCCUUCAUGCUAUGGAGGGUAUGGGUUCUCCACCUUCUACUGA